CAAUCCCAGCGCACCCCCUGCCUCGCCGGGGGCAAGGACCCCUUCCCGACGGUCCCCUCUCGAGGGGGCGGCCCGUGGGCGGCGACCGCAUCCCGACGGUCCCCGCCGUAGGGGGCGUCGUCUGAGCAGGAACCUUGCCCGCCGGCCCGCCAGCCGGGACUGCACAAACACCGCGCUUCCGGUCGCGCCUCCGGAAACGGAAGUGCUUGCGGGCCGCUCACUUCCUGUCGGGCGCCGGUGAGGCAGCGACCGCGGACGGAUGCCUCUAGUAUGACAGGAGUGGAGAUUCCACCUGCUUUUUAGCCAUGAAGGAGACAGACCGGGAGGCUGUUGCGACAGCGGUCCAAAGGGUUGCUGGGAUGCUUCAGCGCCCGGACCAGCUGGACAAAGUGGAGCAGUAUCGCAGAAGAGAGGCCCGUAAAAAGGCCUCGGUGGAGGCCAGAUUGAAGGCCGCAAUCCAGUCACAGUUGGAUGGGGUGCGCACGGGCCUGAGCCAGCUCCACAAUGCACUGAGUGACGUCAAGGACAUCCAGCGGUCCCUGGCCGAUGUCAGCAAAGACUGGAGGCAGAGCAUCAACACCAUCGAGAGCCUCAGGGACGUGAAGGAUGCAGUUGUGCGACACAGCCAGCUCGCUGCAGCUGUGGAGAAUCUCAAGAACAUCUUCUCAGUGCCCGAGAUUGUGAGGGAGACCCAGGACCUCAUAGAACAAGGGGCGUUCCUGCAGGCCCACCGGAAGCUGAUGGAUCUAGAGUGCUCCCGGGACGGGCUGAUGUACGAGCAGUACCGCAUGGACAGCGGGAACACUCGUGACAUGACCCUCAUCCACAGCUACUUCGGGAGCACACAGGGGCUCUCUGAUGAGCUGGCCAAGCAGCUGUGGGUGGUGCUGCAGAGAUCGCUGGUCACUGUCCGCCGUGACCCCACCUUGCUGGUCUCAGUUGUCAGGAUCAUUGAAAGAGAAGAAAAAAUAGACAGGCGCAUACUUGACCGGAAAAAGCAAACUAGCUUUGUUCCUCCUGGGAGGCCCAAGAAUUGGAAGGAGAAGAUGUUUGCCAUCUUGGACAGAACUGUGACUACUAGAAUCGAGGGCACGCAGGCAGACACCAGGGAGUCUGACAAGAUGUGGCUCGUCCGCCACCUAGAAAUCAUAAGGAAGUAUGUCCUGGAUGACCUCAUUGUUGCCAAAAACCUGAUGGUUCAGUGUUUUCCUCCCCACUAUGAGAUUUUCAGAAACCUCCUGAACAUGUACCACCAGGCCCUGAGCACACGGAUGCAGGAACUUGCAUCGGAGGACCUAGAGGCAAAUGAGAUCGUGAGCCUGUUGACGUGGGUCUUAAACACCUAUGCAAGCACAGAGAUGAUGGGGAACGUGGAGCUGGCCCCAGAAGUGGAUGUCAGUACCCUGGAGCCUUUACUUUCUCCAAACGUGGUCUCUGAGCUACUGGACACGUACAUGUCAACUCUCACUUCAAACAUCAUCGCCUGGCUGCGGAAAGCACUAGAGACAGACAAGAAAGACUGGAUGAAAGAGACUGAGCCUGAAGCUGACCAAGAAGGGUACUACCAGACGACGCUCCCCGCCAUCGUCUUCCAGAUGUUUGAACAGAAUCUUCAAGUUGCUGCUCAGAUAAGUGAAGAUUUGAAAACAAAGGUACUAGUUUUGUGUCUUCAGCAAAUGAAUUCUUUCUUAAGUAGAUACAAAGAGGAAGCUCAGCUGUAUAAGGAAGAGCACCUGAAGAACCGGCAGCACCCUCACUGCUACGUGCAGUACAUGGUCGCCAUCAUCAACAACUGCCAGACCUUCAAAGAAUCCAUAGUAAGUUUAAAAAGGAAGUAUUUAAAAAGUGAAAUGGAAGAAAGUAUAUCUCUGAGCCAGCCAAGUAUGGAUGGGAUUCUGGACACCAUUGCAAAGGAGGGCUGCGGCAGCCUGCUGGAGGAGGUCUUCCUGGACCUGGAGCAACAUCUUGGUGAGCUGAUGACAAAGAAGUGGCUCUCAGGGUCAAACGCUGUGGACAUCAUCUGUGUCACUGUGGAAGACUAUUUCAACGACUUUGCCAAGAUUAAGAAGCCAUAUAAAAAGAGGAUGACGGCCGAGGCACACCGGCGUGUGGUGGUGGAGUACCUGCGGGCCAUCAUGCAGAAGCGCAUCUCAUUCCGGAGCGCCGAGGAGCGCAAGGAGGGUGCUGAGAGGAUGGUCCGGGAGGCUGAGCAGCUCCGCUUCCUGUUCCGGAAGCUGGCCUCUGGAUUUGGUGAAGACGCAGACGGGUACUGUGACACUAUCAUAGCAAUUGCAGAAGUUAUCAAGCUGACAGACCCUUCUCUGCUCUACCUGGAAGUCUCGACUCUGGUCAGCAAAUACCCAGACCUCAGGGAUGACCACAUCGGUGCACUGUUGGCUGUGCGAGGGGACGCCAGCCGGGACAUGAAGCAGACCAUCAUCGAGUCACUGGAGCAGGGCCCAACGCAGGUGAAUCCCAACUACGUGCCCAUCUUCAAGGAGAUCGUGGUUCCCAGUCUGAACGUAGCGAAGCUCCUCAAGUAGCCUGUUGGUUUCCAGCCUGUGUGUGUCUCUGCCCUCAUCGUCCCACCCUGGAAACGUAGGGCAGCGGAGUGACUCAUGGACCCAUGAGAGACGACUUGGUUCCAUGUACCUGCCUCACAGUGCCGAGUGCACUGUUUCUUGAAGAACCAGCACUCUGCUGGCCUGGGUCUUCUGGCUUCCUCGUUCCAUCCUCUUGAGGCAGGGUUCUGGUGCAAAAUGCCUUGUGGUAGUUGUCUUCACUCCCCUCUGGGCCUUCCCUCACUUCUGCAAAGUGUAAACACUUCUGAAACUCUGCUGCUUAAUAAAAGAGUCUAAACGUCUGCAGGGAGAUGAAAA